CGACACAUGUUAAUUGUCACUCACCAAACCAUCACCCAGAAAACCAUACCAACCAUACUACACCAGACACUCCUCCUAACCUUCAAUUUCAUCUUUCUCUCUUUCUCUGCAUUAUAAUAGUUCUUGAAACUGGUAUUUGCAUUUAAGUUUUUUCUAACAUGGCUGGGAAUGGAGUGUUUGCAGAUACUUUGGAUGGAGAUGUGUUCAAGUACUAUGCUGAUGGAGAAUGGAAGAAAUCUUCUUCUGGGAAAAGUGUUUCCAUCAUCAACCCCACUACAAGAAAGACUCAAUACAAAGUUCAAGCUUGUUCACAAGAGGAGGUUAAUAAGGUAAUGGAUUCAGCAAAAUCAGCACAAAAGUCAUGGGCAAAGACCCCACUCUGGAAGAGGGCUGAACUUCUUCACAAGGCAGCUGCUAUACUCAAAGAGCACAAAGCUCCAAUUGCAGAGUGCCUGGUGAAAGAAAUAGCAAAGCCAGCCAAAGAUGCAGUUACUGAGGUUGUAAGAUCUGGGGAUCUGAUUUCUUACUGUGCUGAAGAAGGGGUAAGGAUUCUUGGAGAGGGAAAGUUCUUGGUAUCGGAUAGCUUUCCUGGAAAUGAAAGGACGAAAUAUUGCCUCACAUCCAAGAUUCCAUUAGGAGUGAUUUUAGCCAUUCCACCUUUUAAUUAUCCUGUGAAUCUUGCUGUCUCAAAAAUUGCUCCUGCACUGAUUGCUGGAAAUUCCAUUGUGCUCAAGCCUCCAACUCAGGGAGCUGUUUCUGCUUUGCACAUGGUUCAUUGCUUUCACUUGGCUGGUUUUCCCAAAGGCCUAAUCAGCUGUGUCACUGGCAAAGGCUCAGAGAUUGGUGACUUCCUUACUAUGCAUCCAGGAGUGAACUGUAUAAGCUUCACUGGUGGAGAUACUGGCAUUGCUAUCUCAAAGAAAGCAGGCAUGAUUCCUCUGCAAAUGGAAUUGGGAGGAAAAGAUGCCUGCAUUGUACUUGAGGAUGCUGACUUGGAUUUGGUUGCUGCAAACAUUAUAAAAGGAGGUUUUUCAUACAGUGGUCAGAGGUGCACUGCUGUUAAGGUAGUCCUGGUAAUGGAAUCCGUUGCUGAUGCUAUGAUUGAGAAAGUGAAGGCUAAGGUGGCAAAACUAAGUGUUGGACCCCCUGAGAAUGACUGUGAUAUCACCCCAGUUGUGUCAGAAUCAUCAGCCAAUUUCAUUGAAGGCCUUGUCAUGGAUGCUAAACAGAAAGGUGCAACAUUCUGCCAGGAAUACAAAAGAGAAGGGAAUCUCAUUUGGCCUUUGCUAUUGGAUAAUGUUAGGCCGGACAUGAGAAUUGCAUGGGAGGAGCCAUUUGGACCAGUUUUGCCAGUAAUUAGGAUCAAUUCUGUUGAAGAAGGAAUCCACCAUUGUAAUGCUAGCAACUUUGGACUUCAGGGAUGUGUCUUCACAAAGGAUGUCAACAAAGCAAUAUUGAUCAGUGAUGCAAUGGAAACAGGAACAGUUCAGAUAAAUUCUGCUCCAGCUCGUGGGCCAGAUCAUUUUCCCUUUCAGGGUAUAAAGGACAGUGGGAUUGGAUCUCAAGGGAUUACCAACAGCAUUAACAUGAUGACCAAGGUCAAAACGACUGUGAUCAACUUACCAAGCCCUUCUUACACCAUGGGCUAGUAAUAGCAUAGUAAUACCAUGGGGGAAAAGUCUAUUUACAAGUAGUUCUAUAAAUCAUAGUGAGCCUACAAACCGCAUGAGUUUAGCAUUGCGUUCUCUUUUGUAACUGGGACUCAGAUAAAUAAAUAACGAGUGUGAUAGAUCUGUCACGUAGCUA